AUGGGGAAGAAAACAACAAUUUUGCAGGGUGCAACUAAAGGAAUUAUUUCCCAGAAGAAACAUCGAAGGUCAAGGAAACCCAAGUUUGAGGUUGGGAAACCCAAACAAGGAUAUGAUCACAAGAAAAAGGAUAAGAAAAGGAAGCAGAAGUUGGGCAGGCAGAUAGCCAAACUUGGGCCGGAAGAGUUUCCGUUGAUGUUUGCUCAAGUAAGGGAAAUGGGACAGCGCCUGAGAGAGUUGAACACUGAGAUCGAUGCUUACAUUCUGGAUAAGCUUAAAAGCUGGGAUGAGGGAGACAAAGCUUCCGUUGAAUAA